AUGCCAAAAACUCAAGGGAGACGUAAAUUUUUGGCACAUUCUGAGGCGAUGCAAGCAUGUACAAUCGAUCAAUCUUGCUUGACUGUAAGAGACUGCAAUGCAGCAUCUCAAGCAAGGGCUGUCUCCUCGGGUGGACGCAGACCAGACGAAGUGCUGAGGAGUAUCCGUAAAACUGUGACCAGUAUAUUCACUAUUGUCGGUUUGCCCGCCGUCGGCGUUGGACUGACGGAUGGAGGUGCGCAGACCGCUGGGAAGGUCCCCUACAUUCUAACUGAACUACCCAAGGCUCUUAGUCCUUCGUGCGCCUCUCCAUAUCGCGUAGCGUGUUUAAAGCCUGGGAUUUUGCAGCUUGUGUAUCUUUUUAUUUGCUGCUUUUUGGUUCCUAUUAGCUUAAGCUUAUUCUCAUCAUUAACAACUGCCCAAACUGCUGACAAUGCGGACCCGUGUGAGGAGAAAAGGGCACAAGAUGCCCCACCAAAGAGUCAACUGUCCCCCGAUGCUGGCUUGUUAAACAAGAGCCCAAGACAUGCAACAGCGGAAGCCAACGAGGAACAGACAAAUGCCGAGGGUAUAUCAAGUUCCGCCCAAAAUCCUCCUCUUCAAGGUUCUCAGGCGUUGAAUGCCUUAACACUAAACCCCCAAGACCCACAUGCAUCUGCGGACACUCGGAACGUCCUUGCGCUUGCAUCGGCACUCAGCAGCCACCAUCACAGCAGAUCUAUGCAGGUGUGCAAUAGCCCCAAAUCCGAAGAGCCAUCCGAGUUAACGGAACUGAUGACGGCAGGUCGUCAGUGCCGGAACUCGCGUAACCCAGUUCUUGUAAUUGAUGGGGGCAGCACCGGCACGAGGGGGACCCUGGUUAGGGUAGAGGCAGAAAGCUGUCCUCGUCUUGGCAGGAAGGUGUUGCCUGAUAGUAUUACCUUUUUAGAAGAAGGAACUAAAUUCAUUGGCUUGCGUCAGCUUAUGGAAAAAUGGUUGGAUGAGAACGCGGGGCCGGACUGGGCCUCCAAACCUUACGACGCGAAAGCCUUACUGUCAAAGUACCCCAGCAUGCUAGAAGCAGGGAAAACCCUUGUGCAUCAGAUCCUAAACAAUGCAGUAGACCUAAUUCACAAGCACCUAACACCUUAUGAACAAGAGGAGGCGAAGACUGUUGGGGUCCCAGUCCUCUUUUUCAGCACUGCUGGGGUUAGAGACACUCACGACUGGUACAGGCGAGGUCUCUUCGCUGCGUUCAUGGAGGCAAUCAACAGUUUUAGCGGGGAGCACGAGAUCGUCUUCUUUACUAACGAGGACUGGACGCGUCCCAUUCCAGGGCUGGAGGAGGGUAUGCUGGCCUUUAUCGCUACCAAUCAGCUUCUGGGGAAUUUUUCCAUAGCAAAGGACCUUAAGCAAGCUAUGGAAAAAGCGAAAACAGUCGACGAAAGGAAGGUACUAGAGAGGGACAUGAGGCAAAGCCUCACUAGCAUCAUCGAAGUGGGAGGAGCUUCGGCUCAAGUUGUCUUUCCAGUGUACGCUGUGGGCAGCAGCCCCUCUUUUGUGAAUACCACAAACCUCACUGGAGCUGGUUAUCUAAGCGACGAUUACCCCAGUCUGGAUAUUAUGUCAACCUCCUAUAUGCAACUUGGAGCCACCAGCGCUACUGGAGUCUUCUACAAGUCCUUUUGUAGCAACCCAGCCAACCUCAACGAAAACGUAUGUCUGAAUCCCUGCCUACCUAAGGGAUAUAUCCAGGAUUGUUCUACUGGUGACGUUACCAUUUCUUCAACGGGAGAGGUCUCUGUAGCGAAAGGCGUGCAGAAUCAGCGCGUCAAACCAGCAGCGUACUAUUGCACAUCAUCCAAUGACGAGAUAGCCAAGAAGGCUCUUAACCGCCUCUCGUGUCUCGCAGCGGGUAUCGACCCUGAACAACCCCUUGAGGAACGGCUGAGCAUUCAGAAUUGCAUGCGCAUGGAAGGCACCGGAGACUUUGAAGCUUGCGCUGCAGCUGUCAAUAGCAUCCUCUUAGACCCUCCUCUGCCCCUGCCCGCCAAUCAAGAGGCUUCUUACACAGGGUUCGACACUUUGGCCCAGAUCUUUGAUUUUAUGUCCACAGAGUCACCAGUCGUGGUUACCGGGAGGGCUCUGGUGUUUCCUGUGAGAGAUUUGCAAGCGGUAGGCCUCCUGGGGAAAAACUUCAAAGGAAAUCCCUGCGAAUUAAGCAAAGCAGCUGUUCAAUACUGUGCAGCCCCUGUUGUUAAGGCGAGUUCUGGGAGCCUUGUGCGCCAGGUGACAGUAGGGGACAGCAUUCAGGAGGUGGACGUGACAAGCUUAAAUGUAGAAAACUGCUUCAAGCUCGGAUUAAGUCAUGGAUUACUCACUCUCCUCAACAAAAACAAAGUGCACCCCUCUAAAAUCACCUUCGCCCUAGACAUAGAAGACCCCAAGACUGGACAGAAGGUUGGAGAGUACGGGUGGCCUCCCGGAGCUAUUCUUAGGGAGGUUCUCAACGUUCGAACCUGGGCCACUUAUGCCUAUGAACUUGGCAAAAACCACACAGUCCGCGAUAGGUGGAAUGCAUUGCAUGCAAACAAUGACCAGGCCACGGAGCCCACAAAGUCAUAA